AUAACUUAACGUAAAUCAAGUGCGAUGAAGGAGCAAGAAGCUAAGUCAUCGUCAGACAGGGUGGAUUGCGACGAGCUGCUGGCGCGGCUGGGCGGCUGGUUCCGAGCUAGGGUGCUGCUGUGUGCUGCGCUGGCGGCCGUGCAGGUCGGCCUGCUACACACUACGUACAUAUUCCUCGCCGCCGACGUGCCUUACAGAAGUUCAAAAUUUAAAAUAAUGACGGAGAGGGCACCAGGAGUGGACUGCGACGCCCUGAUGAAGGAGUUGGGGCAGUUCCGGCGGUUCCACCUCCUCAAUUACAUCCUGAUGGCGCUGGUCAGCUACACGGCUGCUCACUACGCCAUCAACUACGUGUUCCUUGCUGCCGAUGUGCCUUACAGAUGCGUGGUCCCCGAGUGCGAAGCCCCCAACAGCACCGACUUCAGCGCAGCAUGGACGGCGGCAGCAUUGCCCGAGCACGGCCGAGCGCAUAGAUGUUCCCGCCGGGUCCCACUUGACCCCACCCUCCCCUGCGAGGCGAACAGCGCAUUCAGUGAAGAUCUAGUAGCCUGCGACCAGUGGCUGUACGCUUCCGCUAAUACCAUCGUCACUGAGUUCAAUUUAGCCUGCCAAGAGUGGAAGCGGACGCUGGUCGGCACCAUCCACAAUAUCGGCAUGCUGGUGUCGUUGCCCAUCCUCGGUUACGUCUCUGACCGUUGGGGCCGUAAAACAGCACUGAUCCUGUCAUGCGUGCUCGUCGGGGCCAUUGGCUCUCUUAAGGCAUUCUCCAUCUCCUACGAGAUGUACGUCAUUGUGGAGUUCCUGGAGACGGUAGCUGGUGCUAGCGCUUUCCCUGCUGCCUUCAUUAUGACGAUCGAGCUCCUCGGCCAAGAGAAGCGAGUCUUAACUACAGCCUUCCUCGGCAUCAUGCUCGUCAUCGGCGGCCUGAGCUUCGCGCUCCUCGCCAAGGCCUUCAAGUACUGGCGCACCUUCAUCCUCGUUGUCUACCCACCUUCCCUCCUCUUCCUUCUUUAUAUAUACUUCCUCCCAGAAAGCAUUAGAUGGCUACUCUCUAAAGGACGUAAGGAAGACGCUUUAGAAAUCAUAACUAAAGCAGCGAAGAUGAAUGAUGUGACGCUUUCAGAAGAGACGAUUAAACAGCUUCAAGAAGCUAAAGCACCUAUGGAAAAGAAAGAAGAAGAAGUAGGAUUAUGGAUACAAGUGUUUAGAUCGCCUAUCAUCAUGCGGCGCCUAGCGAUCUGCUCGUGGUGGUGGAUCACUUGCACGUUCGUGUUCUACGGACUGGCGAUCAACUCGGUGUCGCUGGCGGGCGACAAGUACACCAACUACAUGCUGGUGGUGUCUGUGGAGGUGAUCGCGGUGGUGACUAAUGCGCUGGUGCUGGACCGGAUCGGACGCAAGCGGACGCUGCUCAUCGCGUAUAUUGUUUGUGGGAUUUCUUGCGUUGCCAUCGCUUUUGUGCCUCCUGCGAUGUCGUGGCUAGCGACACUGCUGUACCUGGUGGGCAAGAUCGCCAUCACGCAAGCGUUCAGCGGAGUAUAUAUGUACACAUCGGAGCUAUUUCCCACGCACGCGAGACACAGUUUGCUGGGCUUCUGCUCUAUGGUCGGCAGACUUGGCUCUAUCGUGGCUCCACAAAUGCCUCUACUGGCAAUCUACGUAGAUUGGCUUCCAUCGGUCCUAUUCGGCAGCACAGCACUAGUGGCAGGCGCUCUCAUGCUGACUACGCCAGAAACCCUCAACACUCGGUUACCUGACACCAUUCAAGAGGCUGAACAACUUGCCAACCAACAUAAGAAGCCUGAAAACUUAGAGAUGAAAGCCUGCUAGCUCACUUUUCAGAACAGCUCUUACUAACGCCGGAGACCAACACACAGUUAGCUGACACCAUAUAAGAUGUUGAAUUUGACAACCAACCAAACAAGCCUGAGAACUUGGUGAUAGAGCCCGCUAGAGCCUUCAUGCUCAACACAAGGUUAUCCGACACCAUACGAGCGGCUGAAGUCGCCAACCAACACAACAAACCUGAGAACUUAGAGAUGAGAGCCUGCUAGCCGAGUCAUGCG